CACGGUCCCCAGCAGACGUUGACAUUACACAAGUGUCGGGACAGAAUGUGAUCAAUCUAUUUCUAAAGAACCUUCAACUUUUUACUAGCAGGCCGGACUACUGUUCAUUCCCCCCCCCUUCUCACUAAAUAAAUGGAAAGCCGUCUGCUAGCAAGCUGGCGUCUCUAGCUUCUCAAAAUGCCAGCCGGCCGUUGGGCAUCUUCACCACGUCGGCCAUUUUGUUGGUAGAACAGAACGCUUCCAACACCAGCAUGGCCGAACAGGCCGCAGCGGAAGUUGAUCUCCACGCGGUACCCCAGUACCAGCCGACACACAUCCAGCUCGCGCUCUUGUUGUCGUAUGCUACAGUCUUGACGGUGUGGCUGUUCCGUCUGGCCUUGUCCGUCUCUAAUGGAAAAUUUUUUACCAGAUGCCGAGUAAAGCAUCCAUCUGUCAACCACACAAACCACGUGACUUUGGAUAUCCAACAGCAGAACUCUGGGAUUUCUGCGGCAGUCGAGAACGAGCCGUUGCUGAACUCAUCAAACGAGAGCCACGAGCACCCAGUCAGCCUAGAGGAAGAUCCGGGCACGGUGCUACAUCGUGGUGACGUCACUGCCUCAAAACAGAACAAACAUCACCCCGCGCGUGAACACAAGAACAAUGAGGUCAAAGUUCAAGGUCCCCCAGAAGUCACUUUUGAUAAGUGCAUCUGGUCUCUGGUCCUCUUUGGUUCAAUCAUGAUCUACUUCUAUCUAUGUGACUAUAGGAAGAUUUUUCCUCAGGGUGAGAGGCACUACUCGAGAGACAGUUUCCUUUUCCUUGUCUUCUUGUUUUUUCUUGUUGCAUUGGGUUUCACCAUCAAGCCCAACACAGAUAAAAUCCUUAACAGGGAACAAACAGAAGAAUGGAAAGGCUGGAUGCAAGUGAUGUUUGUCUGGUAUCAUUACUUCAAGGCAAAAGAGUGGUACAACUGGAUUCGGAUCUACAUUGCUUGCUAUGUGUGGAUGACUGGCUUUGGUAAUUUUUCCUUCUUCUGGAUAAGAAGUGACUACUCAAUGUGGAGGAUGCUAAAAAUGUUAUUCAGGCUGAACUUUCUUGUUGUUUUUGUCGCCAUGACAACCAACAAUGCGUACAUGUUGUACUACAUUUGUGCCAUGCACACCUAUUGGUUCUUGUCUGUCUACGUCUUCAUGCGCGUGCUCAAAUCUUGGAAUCGAGACAGGAACCUUAUGGCUGUCAAAUUUGUGGCCUACGCCAUCUUCAAUGCUCUCAUAUUUGAGAUCCCGGGUGCCAGUCAGCUUGUGUUUCGUCCUUUUCAGUUUGUGCUAGGACUUGAGGACAAUACAGGGGACAUUAUGCAUGAAUGGUCGUUCCGUGCAGGUCUCGACCACUGGGCCUGUUUCUUUGGCAUGCUGUGUGCUUACAACUAUCCCCACUUUGAGGCACUAAUGCUAUAUUUAGAAACCAAAUCAAUAAACAGAAAUGAAUACUUUAAAAAACUGUGUAUACGUCUGCUAAUGGGUAUUGUCUGUCUGGCUUUGGGCAUCACGUGGUACUUCCUGUUUAUGCAGAAGGACAAGUUUGAAUACAACGCCACUCAUCCAUACACCUCACUACUGGCCAUCUUUGUCUACAUUAUUCUAAGGAACAUCCACCCAGUUCUUCGAUCUUAUCACUUGCACAUGUUUGCUUGGCUCGGAAAAAUAACUCUGGAAACCUAUUUGUCUCAGCUGCACAUUUACCUGCUGUCCAAUGCCAGAACUCUGCUGGUGUUUCUGGACGGCUACCCCCUGCUCAACUUCUCCCUGGCAACCAUCACCUACCUGGCUGUGUCACACACCCUCUUCAACAUCACCAAUGACUGCAGCAACUACUUCCUACCCAAGGAUGACACCAGGCUCAUGAUCAACAUCACUUGUGUUGUUUCAGUUUUUGUCCUCUCCUAUUUAGCUGCUUUUGCUUGGUUUCUUUAAACUAAGAUGGGAGGGGGGGGGGGGAGAUAUGUCUCAUAGCAAAUAAUGUCAAAUCUUUAAGCAGGAUUUAUGAAAAUUAAUUAACAAUAAUUUAUCACAAUGUCAACAUUAACUGUAGAAUAUUCAGGGAACUUCCAAUUUUAUGGUGCUAAGAUAUAUUUCCCCUUU